AUCUGGCAGUGUGGAGGAAGUCUUGAAAUCCAUCCUUGUUCUCACGUAGGGCAUGUUUUUCCAAAGCAAGCUCCAUAUUCACGUGCAAAAGCAUUAGCUAACUCUGUUCGGGCUGCUGAAGUAUGGAUGGAUUCGUAUAAAGAACUUUACUACCACAGAAAUCCACAUGCACGCUUGGAACCCUAUGGAGAUGUGACAGAAAGAAAACUGCUUCGAGAGAAGCUCAAGUGCAAGGAUUUUAAAUGGUACUUAGAGAAUAUUUAUCCUGAACUUCAUGUCCCAGAGGACAGACCUGGCUUCUUUGGGAUGGUAAGUGAAACUCUUCUUCAUAAGGGAAUUUCCAAGCCUUCAUACUCUUUCAAGAUACACAGGUAGAAGUUCUUGAACAAACAGUCCUGAGAAUUGCUA